AUGAAAUUGCGCGUGCACAAGCACAACGUACUUGACAUCGACAACAUCGAGGUGAUUCAAGAUUGGAAGUUCCGCCGCGGCUGCCAUCACGAAGCAGAGCACCCACACCAUCACCGAAACCCGAGUCGGCUGGCUCGUCGCGUUCUAGGUCCGUCACGUCGGCCUCGUCCUCGUGCACCCGCUCGAGCCGCUCGCAGCGUGGUCGCGAGACGCCAUCAACGCGGUCGAGGUCAACCGGCUAGCCGCCGCCCCAUACACCGUCGCAGGAGCCGUCAAGAUACGAAAGUACUUUUCACGAAAAUAUUUAGUGCUGCGGGUCGUCUUUGGGAUUACCACUUCACUAAUUACGUGAUUUUAGGUAUGGUAGACGACGAACUGCUGCAGGUAUUGGCAGAAGAUCCAUCAAGGUCUAAUACUCCAGGUAAAGACAUACAGUCUGAUCUUGCAGUACGCCGACAACACAUAGCUACAUCUGGGUUGUCUAAAGAUACAAGAAAAGAACUUUUAUCUAAGUACCUACUGCCAGGGAAGUGUACCCUAAUCAAUGCACCUGAUUUAAACGCUGAGGUAAAGGCCGCGAUCUCAGACACGGUUUAUAAAAGAGACCAAGCACGCAACAAACUCAGAAAAAGUAAAAAUAAAAAUAAUGGCAAAAAUAAUUUAAACUGGCGAGCUCCUCUCCCGAAUCACAGGCAGAAAGGGGCAUCAAGGAUGAAGGAGCCUGCUCGCAAACCGCGGCCCGAGAACUACUACAGGCAGUCGUCGCGACCAGCGGCCCCCGCCGCCGCCGACAGCGCCGCGCGCGAGUUAAGAGAAAAAGAAAGAUUAAAAUAUUUAAAGAAAAAAGAGAAAGGUCAGGUAAAAUCAGCUAUUCAUAUGAAUGCUAGAGAACUUAGACAAAAGCGAAAACAAUUGAAAGAAAAUAGUAAAGUGUAUAGGAAUAAAAAAGCUAUAGCACAUCAAAAUUUACAACGAAUACUUGAUUAUACACCUCCAUCUAGCCCAGUAUCAGUGCAACAACUGAGAGAAAAUUUAGCUGCUCGAAAUAGACGACAGAUGCGAAGGCGACGUGCUGUUUUGUAUGCAAAGAUUGCAUAUUUGGAAAAAGACUGA